ACGUGCUUAGCUCGCUCUGCUCGUGAACCAUCAGGCCCUAAGGAAAAGCAAGCAAACCAGCCGGCUAGCUAGCUAAUGGCGCCGGUUCACAGGUCGAGCCGCCUCGACAGCACACUGCUUGUGCUGGUGCUUGCACUCGCCUGUGUCGUCAGCGCCGCCGCGGCGCGAGGGGAGGCGCUGGCCGCCCGGCACCGGCACGAGCGGUGGAUGGCCAAGUACGGGCGCGUGUACGCGGACGCCGCCGAGAAACUGCGCCGGCAGGAGGUGUUCGCGGCCAACGCGCGCCACAUCGACGCCGUCAACCGGGCGGGCAACCGGACGUACACGCUCGGGCUCAAUCACUUCUCCGACCUCACCAACGAGGAGUUCGCCGAGAAGCACCUCGGAUACCGUCACCAGCCCGGCCCAGGCGGGCUCCGUCCCGAGGACAGCUCGCCGGCGGCCGCGGUGAACGUGACGGACGCCCAGUUGCAGUCCACGCCGGACAGCGUGGACUGGAGGGCCCGGGGCGCCGUCACCCCAGUCAAGCACCAAGGUCACUGCGGGAGUUGCUGGGCGUUCGCGGCGGUGGCGGCGACCGAGGGGCUGGUGCAGAUCGCCACCGGCAACCUCAUCUCCAUGUCAGAGCAGCAGGUGCUGGACUGCACGGGCGGCACCAGCUCCUGCAAGAGCGGCUACGUCAACGCCGCCCUGACCUACAUCACCGCCAGCGGUGGCCUGCAGACGGAGGCAGCCUACGCGUACAGCGCCGAGCAGGGCGCGUGCCGCAGCGGCGGCGCCAGCCCGAACUCGGCCGCCGCCGUCGGCGUCCACCGGUCUGCGAUGCUGAACGGGGACGAGGGCGCGUUGCAGGUGCUCGUGGCCGGCCAGCCGGUGGCCGUGGCCGUGGAGGCCGAGCCCGACUUCCACCACUACAAGAGUGGCGUGUACGUCGGCAGCCCGUCGUGCGGGCAGAAGCUGCACCACGCCGUGACGGUGGUGGGCUACGGGGCGGACGGCGGCGGGCAGGGGUACUGGGUGGUGAAGAACCAGUGGGGGGCUGGGUGGGGCGAGGGGGGCUACAUGCGCCUCACGCGCGGGAACGGCGGCAACAACUGCGGCAUGGCCACCCACGCAUACUACCCCACCAUGGACACCUCCUAGCUAGAAGCCAGCACUACUACGUAUACAUCAGUCCAUGCAUCAUCGAUCGUGUACGGUUUAUCAGCUAAGAAUAUUAUUUUUGAAUAAAACACUACUGAAGUGGUACCGCAUCAGUCCAUGC